GUCCCCAGAUUUGUUGCUGUAGUUCUGCCAGCUUUUAUUACGUUGUCGACAGCCAACAUUCGCUCUCUGGUGGCGCUGUCGUCUGCUUGUGGCUCUAACGGACACAUUGCCUGUGUCGGCUGCUUGAUUCUACCACUAUCAUGACCCAACGACCGGAGUCUUCACUUAGAUCCUGGCUGUAACUUCUGACGUCCUACUUGCUUGCAGAUACUUUGUUACUGGAGAGAUACUUGCCUGCUAGACCUAGGUUGCUAAUACUUCGUUACUAGAGCAUCGCGUUUGGUACUUUUUGGUGCGGUUUUUCAGUUGGAUUUCUUCAACUAUGUCGUCUUCCGAUGAAGAGAAGGGAAGACCGGACGCCGGAGGGCCGGCUGUAGACGGGUCAAACAUGUUUGUCCGGGCGUCCGACCGGUACCCCAGGACGCCCAAGUGCGCCCGGUGCCGGAACCACGGCGUCGUGUCGGCGCUGAAGGGACACAAGCGCUACUGUCGGUGGCGGGACUGUGUGUGUGCCAAGUGUACACUCAUCGCAGAACGUCAGCGGGUCAUGGCGGCCCAGGUGGCGCUCAGGCGGCAACAGGCCCAGGAGGAGAACGAGGCCCGGGAGUUGGGUCUCCUGUACGGCCCCAACGGCCUGCUCCAGAUGAACCCGGAGACCGUCGACUUUUUCCCGGAGGCCAAGACCUUCCUGCAGCAACAGGGAUCCACGAACCCCACAGUCGGGGAUCGCAAGUCGGACAGCAACGGACAGUCACACGGACAGUCGCUCGGACAGUCACACGGACAGUCGCUGGGACAGUCGCUGGGACAGUCGCUGGGACAGUCGCUGGGACAGCAACAGGGACCCACGCUGAGUGAGACCAUGCAGGGUCACAGGGAAGGCUCCCCACGCUGCCGGUCCCCCCUCUGCCGGCCACAUUCUAGAGACGACCAGGAUGUCCACGGUGGGAAAAGGUCGCGUCUAGACACAGAUAGCGAAGAGCAGCCGGGAUCCGAACCCUCGUCUCCCGCUGGCACCGAGUCUCCGAGAAGUAGGUCAGCCAAAGACCAGGACUCACCUUUGGCCAGGUCACCGACCCCGCACACAGAGAGCUACUCACCCAAGCUGAUGCACGAGCCGAGCUUCACCUACCGCUCGGCCCCGCCCACCAGCGAGCAGAGACUGACCCCUCCGUCCAGCAAGGUGGAGCUCUUCAGCCCGGCCCUGGCCCUGGAGGAGGCCAUGCUGGCCGGCAGCAAGCGCUCGCCGCUGGACAUGCUGUGCCGGGUCUUCCCGCACAUGAAGCGCGGCGUGCUGCAGCUCAUCCUUCAGGGUUGCCAUGACGACAUGGUGCAGGCCAUCGAGCAGGUCCUCAACAACCACCACACGGAAGCCGGAAACGUGCCGGUCAGCAUGCCGCUCAGCUCCAUGGGAGUCGGGGCGGCUCUCAACGCUUUAGCCGUCAGUCACGUCGGGCUCUCGAGCUCCGGAUUCUUCCCCCAGUCCUACCUACCCCCCACCCUCGGGACGCCGGCUUUCAAGUCAGCCUUCUCCCCCAUCAGCUCCCCUCCCACCGCCCACCUCAACUCCAUCCGGUACACCUACGGCCCGGGCGCCCGCUCCAGCCCCAUGGCGGCGCUGGCCAUCCCCUACCCGCCCCUGCUCCCGAGCCUGGCCCUGGGCUCCAGCUACGGGUACGGAGCCCUGAGCACCGCCAACAAAACUCUGCACUACACCGUAGGCUGUUCCUGCUGCCCUUCCAAGCCCUACUCGCAGACAGGGGACAAAACUGCCGGCUGUAUCGGGGAUUAGAUUCUCGCCCCUGCAGGACCAAUCUGUUGGUCAUCUCCAUAGGACAUUGGCUGACCCCUGACCUCGACAAACGUGGGCAGCCAGGAGUAAGAAAGCCAGCAAAUUGUCGUGUCCCUCUUCUACUCGUAGGUGUUUUGUCACGGUCUACUGAGCACAACCACCACUCACCUGAACACCGUGACGUCACCUCUCGUGGUUAGUGACGUCACCUCUCGUGGUUAGUGACGUCACCUCUCGUGGUUAGUGACCGUGGUUAGUGACGUCACCUCUCGUGGUUAGUGACGUCACCUCUCGUGGUUGGUGACGUCACCUCUCGUGGUUAGUGUCAAGCCGGAAGUGGAGACUCUAACCUUGUGUUCUCAAGUUGUAAGACAACUCUAGCUCUGACAUAAUGUGAAACGGUUUCACCUUCUCCUACCUGUUUGUUUUUAUUGAUUGACCUUGACAUUUAAUUUAUGCGGGAUUAGCUUCAUGUUAGACAAUCACGCUGUCACGCGUGACACGUUUGAUGUAUCCACAUUGUGUACAGUUGUUUACAGUGUAAAUAUUGUUACGUAACGACCAAUGUUUUAGCCACGCCCACAUAGGUGGCGCCAUGUGUGUAGCUAAUAGCUCCUGUAGCUGACCCUAUCGCCGACCUUGUGACCUUUGCUGACCCUAUCGCUGACCUCGUGACCUUUACUGAACCUAUCGCUGACCUCGUGACCUUUGCUGACCCUAUCGCCGACCUCGUGACCUUUGCUGAACCUAUCGCCGACCUCGUGACCUUUACUGAACCUAUCGCUGACCUCGUGACCUUUGCUGACCCUAUCGCCGACCUCGUGACCUUUGCUGAACCUAUCGCCGACCUCGUGACCUUUGCUGACCCUAUCGCCGACCUAAUGAUACUCGCGAGGUCCCUCUUAUGAAAUCCCCAUUGCUAUCUACCUGUAACAGUCCCCGUUUUGAGGUCACCAAGAGGUCCCUGUAGUCAGGUCACCAAGAGGUCCUUGUAGUCAGGUCACCAAGAGGUCCCUGUAGUCAGGUCACCAAGAGGUCCUUGUCGUCAGGUCACCAAGAGGUCCCUGUAGUCAGGUCACCUAGAGGUCCCUGUAGUCAGGUCACCAAGAGGUCCCUGUAGUCAGGUCACCAAGAGGUCCUUGUCGUCAGGUCACCAAGAGGUCCCUGUAGUCAGGUCACCAAGAGGUCCCUGUCGUCAGGUCACCUAGAGGUCCUUGUCGUCAGGUCACCAAGAGGUCCUUGUCGUCAGGUCACCAAGAGGUCCCUAUCGUCAGGUCACCUAGAGGUCCCUGUAGUCAGGUCACCAAGAGGUCAGUGCUACCAUUGUAUUUAAACACGGACCGACCAGUCAACAUGUGACCCCCUUCUAUGUCAGCUUGCAAUGGUCCCUGAUGUGUUGUGAUUUUGUUAAUAAACGUGUGCGACUUUUCU